AUUCCCACGCACACAAAAAAAAAAAUUAAAAAAACAGUUUUUUAAUUAUUACAGUUACAAACAUUUUUACCAGCUAGCUCACCGACAAUGUCAUCUCUCUCUCUUUGACAGAAAGAGAAACAGGUGUCCACCAUUAAAAGAAUAAUAAGAAAAUAGUUCUCUUCUUACUUUGAAAAAAGAGAAACAGGAUGGAUUCCUGAACUAAGUGCUGUAUUGUGUGUGGGUCUUGUUUUCAUCAAAUUCCACAUACUUCCCAAUACUUUCUUCUUUUAUUUCACCCCAGCUACCGCUUCUCCCAUGUGAAAAUAGAAACCCCCUUUGCACAGAAAGUAGAAAAAAAGGAAUCUUUUUUAAUAUUCUUGAAAUCUUGAAACUGCUUUUGGGGUUCUUGAUUUGGGUUUGAAUUGCUAUUUUUAGUAAUCUUGAGAUUGAUAUUGCUUUGGGGGUUCUUGCUUUUGGGUUUGAAUUGGCUAUUUUUAGUCAUCUUGAGAUUGGGAGUUCUUGUUUUUGAGUUUGAAUUUGAUUUUUUUAGUAAUAUUGAGAUUGGGAGUUCUUGUUUUUGAGUUUGAAUUGAUUUUUUUUUAAAUAAUCUUGAGAUUGAUAUUGCUUGGGGGUUCUUGAUUUUGGGUUUGUUGACUUGGGGAGUGAAAUGGAUGUUGUUUGAAUUUAGCUAUUAAUUGGUUUAAGCAAUGAAGAACACAAUGAAUUUGAAGAGUAGAGGAGGUGAAUCAGCUGGAAGAGGUGUUUUUUCUAGGAAAUUGACUGUUCUUCUAUGUAUUGUAUGUUUCUGUGCUGGGAUGCUCUUCACUGACAGGAUGUGGACAGUGCCAGAAGCUAAAGGCAUAGCAAGGACAACACAGAUUGAUGAUCAGAAGCUAGGGGUAGUUUCCGAGGACUGUGAUCCUACUAAUAAGGACGUGAAAAGUGAAUCCAAAGAUAUUUUCGGGGAAGUUACUAAAACACAUCAUGCUAUACAAACCCUGGAUAAAACAGUUUCAAACCUAGAGAUGGAACUAGCUGCAGCAAGGUCUUUGCAAGAUUCUAUACUGAGUGGUUCUCCGAUAACGGAAGACAUAAAGAUCCCCGAAUUGGCCAAGAAGAGGAAAUAUCUAAUGGUCAUAGGGAUAAACACUGCCUUCAACAGCCGAAAGAGAAGAGACUCAGUUCGUGCUACCUGGAUGCCACGAGGUGAUAUGCGAAAGAAGCUAGAGGAAGAAAAGGGCAUUGUAAUUCGUUUUGUCAUAGGUCACAGUGCAACAUCAGGUGGCAUUCUUGAUAGAGCAAUUGAGGCAGAAGACAAGAAGCACGGGGAUUUCUUGAGGCUGGAACACGUUGAGGGAUAUCUUGAAUUAUCUGCCAAGACAAAGACAUAUUUUACUACUGCUGUUGCUCUGUGGGAUGCUGACUACUAUGUUAAAGUUGACGAUGAUGUACAUGUAAAUAUAGGUGCACUGGGAGCAACUCUGGCUAGGCAUCGUUCAAAACCCAGGGUAUACAUUGGGUGCAUGAAAUCCGGUCCCGUCCUUGCUCAGAAGGGAGUGAGAUAUCAUGAGCCUGAGCAUUGGAAAUUUGGUGAGGACGGAAACAGAUAUUUUCGACAUGCAACAGGGCAGCUAUAUGCCAUUUCAAAAGAUUUGGCCACUUAUAUCUCGAUAAAUCAGCAUGUUCUACAUAAGUAUGUUAAUGAGGAUGUCUCGUUGGGGUCAUGGCUCAUUGGAUUGGAUGUGGAACAUAUAGAUGAUAGAAGAUUGUGUUGUGGAACUCCACCUGAUUGUGAGUGGAAAGCUCAAGCAGGCAACAUUUGUGUUGCUUCCUUUGAUUGGAGCUGCAGCGGGAUAUGCAGGUCCGUAGAUAGGAUUAAGGAGGUUCAUCGACGUUGUGGGGAAGGCGAGAAUGCUUUGUGGAAUGCAGUCUUUUGACAAACUGCAGUGUUUCUCCAGUCUCUGGAGGCUCCAAAGUGAUCGAUCACCCGAACACUUGAAAAAGAAAGAUGUAUCCAAGAAUUCGCGGAAGCAUGCACAGCGGGAGAGGAAGGGGGGAUAGUAUAGUAGCAACCAGUUUCAUGUGAGCCAAAAGUGUAAAGAGCCAUUCUUUCUUAGAUGCUUAGAAUAAUAAUACGUAAUUUUUUAGUACUAAUAAGUGUGUUACUUCAGCAAGUACUUUGCUGCUUUUAAUUAUAUGAAGUAUUGAUAUGAAAUUUCCCUUUCUUACAUGAAAACCACAUGUUAUUCA